AUGACGCUGUCUCUGCCUCUUCGGAAGGACAGAUCCUCCAGAGAGCACCAGCCACAGAAACUGUCCGCCCUUGCAAAAAACUUCUUUAUCAUGGCGUAUAAAGCUGCCCAUUUGGCUUUUAAGUCGCGCUGGCACAAGACAGACGAAGAACUCUGUCGGCACAGUAUGUCCUUCAUCUUGCAUAGGGCAAUCCAAAAUGACUUCUUUCAGAGUUACCUUUAUCUGCUGGAAAAGCUUCCCCUGGUGAAACUUUACGCUUUGACAAGUCAAGUUAUCAAUGGGGAGAUGCAGUUCUACGCCAGGGCCAAACACUUCUACCGGGAGGUGCCAGCCACAGAAGAGGGCAUGAUGGGAGACUACAUUGAGCUCUCCAAUACAGACGUUGAAUCCUCCAGGGAGUUUCUCAGGAAGUUUGUUGGGGGGGUGGGGAAAGCUGGCACCAACCGCGCCCUGGACUGUGGCUCUGGGAUAGGUCGGAUCAGCAAGCAUGUCUUGUUACCAGUUUUCAAGAGCGUGGAGCUGGUGGAUAUGAUGGAGAAUUUCCUGGCUGAGGUCCCGAACUACCUGCAGGGCAAGGAGGACAGAGUAGAGAUGUAUUAUUGCAAAAGCCUCCAGGAAUUCACUCCAGCCCCACAAAGAUAUGAUGUCAUCUGGAUUCAGUGGGUUUCAGGAUAUCUGACAGAUAAAGAUCUCCUGGAGUUUCUCAUCCGGUGCCAGAAUGGCUUGAAGGAUAAUGGUGUUAUCAUUCUCAAGGACAAUGUAGCCAGGGAGGGCUGUAUCCUGGAUUGUCUGGAUAGUAGUGUGAUCCGAGACCUGAACAUCCUCCACAGCCUCAUUGAAAUGAGUGGACUCACCAUCCUACAAGAGGAGAGGCAGGAGGGAUUUCCUGAGCAGUGUGUCCCUGUCUGGAUGUUGGCCAUGCAGAAAGGCCCUGGCCAUUCCUGAUUGCGUAGUGAACCUGCAGAGACUGGACUAUGGAUGAACCGCAGGACUGGGAAGGAAAAAAUCAUCUAUUAGAAUCCUCCUAACUAUGCACUGCUAUGACUACAAGUCUAGGGCAGCAACUCCUAAAGGAUGAGGAGAGAAUUAUGAUUGAGCCAGCUUCUCCAGGGAACAGCCUGCUUCUGAAUCCUGCCUGCUUCAUUGUUCUCUCCAUUUUAAAAAGUCUUUCUAACAGCUCCUUGUCAGAUCUCUCUUUCAUUAAGGAGUUGAUACUGGACAAAACUCAACUAAUAGAAAAUAAUUAGGUCUGAAGUUUCUGUAGUGGCUAAUACAUUCUAGGGUGUUCUGUAUGAGGUGUUAACAAAUAAGCCUGUUUUUUACUAUGGUGCUUAAAUCUUUCUGGAAUUUAAGAAGGAUCUGUCAGAUCACUGAAGCAGGGAAUUCAGAUAACUUGUGGAAAACCUAACCCAAAUUCUGACUGUGAUCACUAUCUGUACUUUAAAAUAUUUAAACCGAAAAUGUAAGGAAGGUUUUAGCCAUCUGUCGGCAUCAGCUGUGGUUUGUUUUUUUUUUUCCAUUUUUGUCAGUUUGGAUAAAAAGACAACCUGGUUAAUUUUACAUUUUUAGGAACUUCUUUAUCCUCCUGGUGUUUCUGUCAUGAAACAAUAGUGGAGCAUAAGGGUUUUCACACUCCAGGGGAAAACUUAGAUGACAAAUAUAUGCAUGUUUGCAUUGAAAUUUUGUGAAACGAUUGCCCCACAAAUUACAUUCUGGAAAAUAUUUUUUCAAAAUGUUCACAGUGGAAACCACUUGAAAGCUUCUCUUUAUUAUUCAUACCACUGUAAAUUUCUUUCUUUCCCACAUUCAGAACAAGUCUGGCACCAUAUGCAGAGCUAAUGGGAUUUCAUGGGGUGUUAAUAGUAAGACUGUAAGAAGAACUAAUACAGUAUUGUAUUAAUUAACAACUGUACUAAACUGCAGAGGGUGUUAGUGGAACCCAAAAGCAUCUAUGAUUUAUAUUCAAACAGCAGCUGUAUAAGCCUGGAUUUGAAAAUAUUAACACGCAUACCAUCCCCUUAAGGCUCACAGAAAUGACACAUUAAGCUCCUUGUAUUCUUCAUAUAGGUGCAGAAAGUGCUGUGGGAGGACAGAAGUUCAUUUUGCAAAAAAAAAUAAGAAUUUGAAAUUCUGCUUCAUACUGAAUGAGGACAGGGAGGGAGAAUUUUGAAAUUCUUUAUGAAGGAAAACCACACAACCACAGAGUUUUCCAAGUUGAUUAAAAUUUUUCAUUCAGACAAAAUCAAAUGUUUCUUUUGAAUUGAACUUUUAAAAUAAUUUGCAUUUAAAAUAUUAUUAAAUGCAGUAAAGAGAAAAUUAAAUAUGGCGUGUUCAAAAUUUUAGAAAUUAAUGAUAACAUUAGAAUGGACUGUUCUGACUGUCAGAAUUUUUAUCAUGUUUUAUUCCCCUGAAAUGCACUUCUAGCAAAACUUAUCAGACCUUUCAAAGAGUUGCAUUAUGACAGACCUCCAUGUUCUGAUGGAAAGAGGUUCUAUAAAACAUCCUCCACAUGACUGUAGGCAUAAUUGUCUGUGUCAAAUACUGUCAUCUGUGUUAGAUUAACUCACAUAGAGGCCUGAAGAUAACAAGAUCAGGGAACCUCUCAGCUGGAUUUUAGUACGCUGUGCCAUCCUUUGAUAACAAAUCUCCAGUUUUGGUUUUAAUUGCAUAACUCAACUUCUCUAGCAAUAUGGUUGCAUAUGUUGAGAAUUUCCAAUUUAGAGGGCUUCCUGCUGUCAAAUCUUAUUCAGUAAUUGUUCUCUUAAUAUGCCAUUGCUAAUUGUAGCAUUAAGGAAAACAACCUUGGUGAUUAGGUGAAUAUUCUGGUGUGUCAUAUAACCUAGAAACCUAUGGUUCCCAUGACACAGAUGCUUCUGGGAUUUUUUGGCUAAUUCUUCCAUUCUAAUCAACUGGUAAUGGACGUAAAUUUAGUAUAUAACAUUGUUAAAAACCCUAGGUGAACACUUACGUUCUGGAAUUGUCGGCGGAACUAAUCCCCUAUAGAACUGUAUCCCCUUUAAGCCACUACAAUGCUUUCAUUCUGCCAAGGCUGCUAAAACCUGAUGUGGUCUUUGCAUGCAUCUGAGUACGUGCAGAUAUCUGAAGGAGACCCAGUCAUUUGUUUUCCAGAAAAGAGGCAUCUGCCCUAUAGUUAGUAACACUGGUUAGCAAUAACAGGAAAAUAUUUAAAAAGCCUUUAUGUGAAUGACAAAUUAAUUUGUCCUUCAUCAUUUUUUUUCUUCCAGCCAGAGACAUCUGCCAUGGUGCAGAAUGCUUGGGGACUGCUGGAGAUCCUAGUACAAUCGUGUCUCUGCCAGGCAUAUCUGAACGGUCCCUACAAUGGUGAGAGAAUGGUAUUGUGGAAAUAGGGAUAAUACAAAUCUAAACAGCUGCCACAUCUCACAGGACAGAAUAUAUUAGCUGUCCACUUACACACCAGAGUGAGUGCAGUUCGGUAAUGAAAGAUGUGGUUCCAAGAUGGAUAUAGAACAUAAUGUAGUUUAGGAUGAAAGGCAGAAUAUAAAUGACUGGUAUUGUUAUCAGUGAAACACAUUUUUCAAAGUAAAAAUAUUCUUCCCGUAUUUUGUACAUCUUUCCUAUUUGAAUCUCCAGAAUACAUAUACAUAAACAUAUAAUGAGAAUUGGUCCCUUAACUAUGUGAGAACAGAGUCAAGUAAAAUCUUAACUUAAUAGGAAACCCCAUAUUUCAUGGUUCCCACAUUCCUGGAAAUUAAUGUUUCAUGGCUAUGUUGCUUCCACAGUAAAAUAUUAAAGCUUUUCUGGUGACAUAGUGAACCUCAAGAGUAAAGAAACACAAGCCCUCCAAGGGUUUAAAUGCAUGAGAUUGCUGCAGACUGAAUAAUAUUUUGGUUUCCUCCUUUUCCAAGGUAUAAUUUAGUUCAAGAACUCCAGGUCAACCAGUGUAGGCCACCCUUAAGUGUUCAUGAAUUUGGGUAAAGGCCAGUCUUGGCUUAAAAGUUCAGGGCUCUCUGGACUUUACCAUAGUAUAUAGUAAUAGUAAUGAAUCACAAAUUUAAAACAGAAGAAAUCAGUGUAUCAGUUGCUCUUUGGUGUUCAAAGACUGGUUAAUCAACUCAGAUGCUCUGCCUCAACUUUCAGGUUAUUUAAACCAUGCAUUUAAAGAAGUCUUUAGCUCAUCAGAUUGCAGUGGGACUUUGAAUCCCCUUUGUUUGGUGCUCAUUUAAGACUUGUUCCCAAUCCUGACAUCGCCAGAAAUUUAAUCCAAGAUCAAGACCCUGGCUGAGGCAAGGUUCACAGAAUAUUUAGGGUCCUUCAAGUGCAAGCCCUCAUUCAUCAAUGAUAGGUAAUUACUGAAAUUCCCAAUUAGUCCUUCAAUCAGAUGUUUCUCCUGGGCAGCCACUACUCAUGUAAACGCUUAGCUGAAGGGCAAUAAAGCCCACUUCUGCCGCGUCACCAGCAAAGUUCUUGGUAAAGCUUGGUUUCCCCAGAUCAGGUCCGGUGCUUCUAGUUGUGUGACUGGAGGCCAAGUAUUAUCUUUAUUAUGUGAAUGUGUGGUUCCUUGCGAAAGAAAUCCUCAAGCACUGGCAGUAGCCCCAAAAUGCUACUGUAACCCAAACAAAAUGUAAGGAAGCAAUUAUUACGGCAGUCUGAACAGCAAUCCCAACUGUGCAGCUCCACCAACCAUCAAAGCUCAAACUAUUUGUGUUGUGAAAGCAACUUACACAUGACAAAUGUCCUUUUAUUCCUAAUUGGAAGAGAGAGCCAUCAUUUUGAAACAUACCAUUAAAUGGAUGUUCUAAACUAUAUUUUUUUCAAAAAUACUGAAAUUACCAUAUAAAAUAUUUUUAGGUUGACUUUCUUGUUUGGAUGUUUAUACAAUCUAGUCUAAACUAACAUGUUAUAUGAGAUAAUAAUGUAGUACAUUAUAUCAUACUGUAAUAAGUGAAGUGAAAUAUUAGUUUCCUACAGAAUACAGUACAUUCCCUGCCCCCAAAUUUAGUGAAACAAAUCAGCAAUUUCCAGAGGAAACAGUCAUUUCAAGAGGAACAGUCCUGUCAAGAAGUAUUUGCCCAAGUUCUCCAGAUGGACUCCAUCCAUUCAGGCAGCUUGCGGUGGGUUGGUCCAGGCAGCAGCCACUUUAGCCUCUUUGACAGGCAAGAAGAAGAAGCUGGCACCUCCAGAGCAAUUCAGACCAGCUCAGAGCUGAACUGGCUUGGUAUUUCUGACAGUCUCUCCUCUCCCACAUGGUUGUGCAGCAGGAAUGAAAGUGCGUCCUUGUUAUAACCAGUCCAGCACCUUCAUUGUUAAUGUCAAACAGAAGUGCAGUGUGAUCUGAGGAGCUGUGACUCUCAAAACCAGGAGAAGGCAUGGACUUUGAUAACCAAACUCCCAUUAAAAAUCAAAGUCAGGGUACUGGGGCACUACCUUAAUGGGAGCAAUAUGUCACUGUGUAAUGCCAGCUGAGAAAAGCUUUGCCAGUUAUUCCACUGAGUGCCCUGAGUACCUUUAUGCCAUUCAGUUGUUUUUUCCACUCUCUUAAUCCAGGCUCCCCAGAGCGUUUACGAUGGCAUAUCAGACCAUAGGCCUGUCCAGAGGAACUUGACUGUUAUGUGUGAUUAAAACCAGUUGUGUUGCAUCCCAUCCCUCUUCUCUUCCUUUGAUGCUUCUUCCAACUUGCCAAGAAAAUCCCUCCUCCACUUGCCAAAAAUGAUUUGUUCUCUGUGGACAUCACCACAUCUCACUGAAGUAAAACAGAUUACCUUUGAUUUUAAGAGGAGGUAAUUCUGUUUAUCUGAGAGCAAUAACAACACGCUGUAUUUCAAACAUACAGGUUAAUACCUGUCUCUUUCAAUUGAUAUCAAGUAGGCACUUCCAGACCUUUGUACCAAACAAAGCUCACGUUCUCAUCAUCACCAUAAAUAACAAUAUUUUUAUGACACUAUACAUCCCUAGACCUUGAAGCACGUGUUACCAUUGCGUUUGGGUUCAGGAAACUGAGGCACAGAAGGGUGAUCUGGGCCGCAUUACAGCUUUACCUACGUGGUAACUGUGAGUCAUCAACACCUCCACAAAUCAGGCCACUACAAGAACUACAGAAUGUUUUGCAGGCAGACAUAAACUUACUCCGGUUAUGCUUGGAGCAGAUUGAAACAGCAUGGUUGUGGUUAGCCUGCUUAUUAGGCCAACCUGAUACGUCAUGCAAAGAGAGGGCUCAGGCUGAACAUUAUGCUCAUGAACAUAAACAACUUCUUUUCCUCUGAAAGCGUUGGAAGAACAACCUGGUGUAUGUCUGCAGCAAAAAUAAAGACAGAAAGUUGGUGGAAAGUCUCU